AUAAGAUUUUAGAUUCUUUUUGUCUUGAUUCGGUUUAGUUUUGUUAUUUUGACCUUGAUUUGCUGGUAAAAAACAUCACCCAUUUCAAUAUCCAUGCAACAUAUGCAACCUUUGUAGUGGAUCUUCCACCUUCAAAUAAGAACAUAGAAUGUCAUCCCAUAUAAUAAAUGUUUUUUAUUGGGAGAUUUGAUUCGUCAUCUUCCAUACUCAAGGCAUCAGUUUGUCAAUUGGGUCCUUUGUAUUUCAUUUGUCUAGUUACAGCCUUGGCAUAAUGGUAAGAUUGCUGCACCAUGGCCUAGGUGUCGCCAAUUUGAAACACGGAAAUAGUCACUCCGCAUGUGGAGGUAAGGCUGCAUAGCCUUGUGCUUCAGGAUGUCCUUUUUUUAAUUCAUUUGUAAAGUUACGUCUUUUUCCCUUCUGUAUGCAUCAGCAAGUUAGGGUAUGAUUUCUAUCUCUAUUGUUCACAAUCUUAAAGGUUUUUAAGCCAGCCAUGAGAUAAGGAAUUCUCUGAUAUUCCUUGGUUUGGGUGCAUACCACAUGUCAUGCAACAUCUCUUUUCCCUUUAUCUUUUUUAGGAACCCAAUUGGAAAAAUGUUGAAUGCAGAAAAAAUUCUAUCUUGUGACAACAGAACAAUGCCUUUGAGAAGCUUUCUCUCUCCUGCUGCCUGUUACCCUCUUGUUGUUUGGACGCUAGUGUCUGAUUUAUCUCCUUUUUUAUGAGAUUCCCCUAUGUGUCAGAUUUUACUCCUGAUAGCUGUUAAUCACAUACUUGCAGAAAUGUCUAUUAUUGUUUGGUGUUGGCUUUAAAUUGUUUUUUUUUCAAGGAGGGGACAUCAGAGAAUUAGAUUCAAAAUGGACAACUUUUGCCAAAAAGGGAGAACUUUUUUUUGUGAUUAAUGAAGUCUGGUUUUUCUGCAAAAUUCUCUUUUUGCAUCCAUCCCAAUGAAACUCAUUCACUUUAUUGGGUCAUUGCUAUUUCUUGAAUACUCAUUAUUAUUGAACUUGGUCUAUGCAUCGUUGGUGUAUGCUAUGUGGGAUUUCUUUAUAAAUAUUACCCCAGCUGAAUUUAUUCAUUCAUAUAUCCCAGCUGUCCAUCACUCACUCGUCCCCAAGAACCCGACAAAUGCAGCUUAUGUCCCAUAUGUCAGUUCCUUAAAUAUGCGGACUGACAUCCUGAAUCCUAUAUUUUCAUUGGAAUCAUAUGCUGCCCUUGCAAGACAUUUUGGGACUGGCAGAUCAUUUUAAAACAAUGUUUUAAUCUUGGGAUUCAGAUCCAAGUAUAACUUGCCAUUUGGCAAGGUGGAGGUGGAGCAUAGACUUGCACAAAUUACACCUAUGGAGUUUGGUGGGAAGGCUCAUCAGUCACAAGAUGCAGAAACCAAACUGGACCAGGGCUAAUGUAUGCAAGGCUUGCAUGCUUUUGUCCACCUGAUUAUAGAGAUGACGGUGGCUUUAAAACAGCCAAGGAGCUCUUUCAUCUCAUUUUCCUGUCCCUGUGACAUGGACCUGAGGCACAUGCUGAAGCAUGCAACCAUGUUUGGCGAGCUUGCUUCUUUUGUUGAAGAAGUUUCAUCAGGGACUGAAAGAAAAACAAAAUGGAAGGCAUCAACAUGGGGCCAGGAUAGAUCAGGUCAACAUAAUCAGUCAAGAGAAUCUGUAGACAAAUUCACAUUCGACAAAGAGGCCAUUGAGCAAGUGCAGGCAAUUCAAUGGGCUUCCAUGAAUGAUAUUGCUUCUCUUUUAUAUGGGCCUUAUUUUGAUGAUAAUGCUAGAAAGAUGGCUGGUCGAGUAAUACCUUGGAUCAACAGUUUUUUAAUGGAACAAGUGCCUAAAGCACCAUGUGCUUAUUCAUUAGUGGUUCCACAAACACUAUCAUAUUCUAAGUUCACAGGAAGGGAGGACAUGUGGCUGGUGGUUGGGAUAAACAGAAAGGUGGUCACCUUCAAUUUCUCUUAGCAAAUGCUUCCUUGAAAAAUCUUCUGUAGACAAAGUUGGACCUGUUU